GCCGCCACAUUCUCGGUUGGUCGGUUCCCCUCGUCGUCUUCCUACCUCGUCCUCGUCCUAGCUCCGCCUCCGUACCAUGUGCCCCACACGCGCAUUCAUCUCCUCGCUCCUCCCGCCAUUAAACACCUCGCCCCCCGCCCGCUCCCACGCGCACCCACGCGGCUCCUCCGUUCCGCUCCCACGCCACCGCAGUACCCCAAGCUCUAAACCCCUGCCUGCCGGAGGGAGGAGGCUAAAACUAAAAUCCCGCAGCCGUCUGCCUCGGCGUCACCCGGAGCAUCCACUGGGAGAGGAGGGAGGGAGGGAGGGAGCUAGAGAUGCUGCUGGAGGCCGCGCGCGGGUGGCUGACGCCCGCGGUGCUGUUCGUGUUCGUGAACCUCGUCAUCGCCACCAUCGCCGUGGCGUCCAGGCUGGUGCCACCGGCGGCGGACGAGCGGCGGCGGAGGCUCCUGCUGCGCGCGACGUCGCUGGCCGCGGACCGCCUCCGCGCGUCGCUCAGCUUCUCCCGCCUCGGCCUCGCCGCCGACCACGCGCCGCUCUUGGGCGACGACGUCGUCGUGGCCCCGGACUCGGAGCCGUCGUCCCCCCGGGCGACGGCGGCCGGGGACGACGGCCGCGAGGCCGAGCGCGAGCGCGGCGAGGAGGCGUGCAUCGAGCGGAGCCGGUCGGAGGCCGCCGCGGAGGCGGCGCCAGCUAGUAGCAACCGGCGCGGCCCGCGGGCGAGGAGGACGCGGAGGGCGGCGGCCGAGGAGGAGCCGGCGCCGGCGGUGGAGGUGGACGUGCGCGCGGACGACUUCAUCCGGCGGUUCCGGGAGCAGCUCCGGCUGCAGCGCCUCGACUCCAUCCUCCGCUGCCGAGACCAGGGUUCAAUUUUCCACGGACCGGCCUAA